AUUUACAUAUAUUAAAAUGAAAGCCUCUUGCUCCGAGCAACAUUUCGCGUUUUAUGUUUCAAGAGGAUUAAACUGAUUUUAUUUGUUAUUUUUAUGAUAUUUUGACAAAACGAAAUCCUGUGCGUAUUUCUUAAACUGAUAAGAAAUUCAUAAUUAAUUUUAUUAUUUAUUAUUUUCGCCUUAUGCCGUUGAAGCUCUAAGUAGGAUUUAUCAUAUUCUGAAAAGUGUGCAUUGUUGAUCAUGCCUUCGUCCUACGAAGUAAAUAAAGGCAAUUCGAAUGGGGCACCGUCCUCUGAGCUCAAUGGAGUCACUGCUAAUGUGGAAACGGACGAGGAGACCCCCGGGAUCCACGACGACCGAGGACAGUGGGGCUCAAAGUGGGAGUUCCUUCUUUCCUGUGUGGGUCUCUCGGUGGGGUUAGGAAACGUGUGGAGGUUUCCUUACCUCGCGUAUCAGUAUGGCGGAGCCGCAUUCCUUAUCGCCUACCUGAUCCUGCAGAUUCUGAUCGGCAAGCCCAUGUACAUGAUGGAACUGGUGAUGGGGCAGUACUCGGGGCGUGGUCCAACUGCAGUGUGGGCAAUGAACCCCAGUGCAAAAGGUGUCGGUAUAUCGAUGGCGCUGAUAUCGCUGAUUGUGGCCAUCUAUUACAACGUCAUCAUGGCCUACACGUUGUACUACUUUUUUGCGUCCAUGCAGAAGACCCUACCUUGGACUGUCUGUAAAGAUGAAUGGCUACCCCUAGGCUGCGUGGAGAAAACCCAAAAACAGGUUCAACCGUGCACGGGUAACUCUACCAUAGACCUCAUGGUGGGCAAGUGCCUGUGUAACACCACGGACGACUCGUUCAACUCACAACUCGCUGUAAACUGCACCAACACCACUAACGUGGCUGUAUCAGAGCUGUACUUUGAAAAAACUGUUAUCCAGAGGGCACCCAACAUGUACCCGGAAGAUGUGGGAGCACCCAUGUGGCAGCUUUCCCUCUGUCUUCUAAUGUCCUGGAUUAUCGUUGUCAUCUGCCUCAUCAAGGGCAUUAAAUCAUCCGGCAAAGUCGUCUACUUCACUGCUACCUUCCCGUACGUGAUCUUGCUUAUCCUGCUUGUGCGAGGCUGUCUGUUGGACGGGGCCAUUGAUGGUGUUAAGUACUUCAUCAUUCCGGAAUGGGACCAACUUCUUAACAUAGAGGUAUGGGUGGCCGCUGCUGGUCAGAUGUUCUUCUCUCUGUCCGUCUCGUUCGGAGGUAUCCUCAUGUUUGGCAGUUACAACAAGUUCAAUAACAAUGUCUAUGGUGACGCCCUGCUAAUCAGUAUCAUGGACGUCGUCACCAGCAUCAUCGCCGGUUUUGUCAUCUUCACCACCUUUGGUGGUAUGGCCAAGAAACUCGGCGUCGAGGUUAAAGACGUGGCCAAGGGCGGCUACGGUCUCGCCUUUAUCGCGUACCCAGAAGCUCUUACUAGCCUUCCGCCUCCCCAGCUGUGGUCCAUUCUAUUCUUCUUCAUGUUGUUUACCCUUGGACUGGAUAGUGAGUUCGCCCUUCUGGAGACGGUGAUGACUUGUAUACAGGAUGAAUACCCCAAGCUCCGGAAGUACAAGAGCCACAUGUGUGUUGGGUUCGGCGUCGCCCUCUACCUUAUUGCACUACCCUGUGUUACACCGGCCGGUGACUACAUUGUGACGCUUAUGGACGCCUACGGUGCCGAUUUCUCUGUGCUGUUUGUGGCCACGUGUGAAUGUAUUGGCGUCAUGUGGGUUUACGGCGUGAAUCGGUUUAUCGCUGACUGCACAUACAUGUUGGGCCAUCCUCCCCGCCCGAUUAUAUUCUGGGCUGUGUGCUGGGCCGGGUGCGCUCCGCUGCUAAUCGGGGCACUUUUCCUGUACAAAAUGGUCAAAUUCACUCCCCCUAAAAUUUCCAAAGAUGUUCCGUACCCUGAAUUUGCCCAAGGAAUCGGCUGGGCGCUAACAAUUGUCGUGCUUUUGCCGAUACCGAUCACGUUUGUAUACAAAUUUAUACGGGCCGAGGGCGGAUUGAUCGAUAGACUAAGGGAGAUAACAACUCCUGACGCAGACUGGGGACCAAAUGACGGCAGUGAUAAGCGCCCCUUACAGAAUACCUUUGAGAUGGAGCGGAAGUAUGGUCUCGACAACCCAGGGGCAGUGAACUCUAAUGGAAAUAUAAACAUGUAGUCUAUAAUUAGCUAUUUCGUUAUUUUGACUGCAUAAAUGUCAUCCAGGGAUAUAAACAAAAUAUUGCAUAUUUAGUAUAGAGUUGUUGCCCUUUUAUAGAUUACUAUAUUCAUUAGUGUUAAACGUUAUUGAAAAUAUGUGUAUGCAAAGCUGUUUCCCUUUAAAUGUUAGUUUUAUCCAUGUGUAAAUGUUAGAAAACAAGGGAGCGCCAAUAUUACUUACACCAUUUGUUCCAGUUUUGAAAUCGUGUAUAACUUUUAACUAACAAUUAAGUGAUGGAAUCAGAAGUUGUAAUGUUCAAAUGUCAUUUCCAUUUAUUCAUAGUUUAUGAUAUACAUUAUUGGCUGUUUUAUCUUCAACUUGAAUGUUCACCUGAUCCUUACCUUUUAUUUGUACAUGAAACACAUUGCAAAAUACAUGUUGCUGCAUGUUUUAUAUACUUUAAACUAUAAAGCAGUAAAAUAAUAUCUGUUUAAUAUAAAAUGUUAGAUCGAUUUUUUAUUUAAGUUAUAUUUUACUUAUUUUACAAAAUAAUGAAGUCGUGAUGGUUUUGCACAUAUAAGAUGAACCUUGUCCUGAUCCCUUUUUCAUUUUCUAACAUUGUUGAAAUAUUAACUAGGCGUGUUAAUUUUUUAAACAGGUCUAUGUCAGCUUCAUACUUACCAGAUCUUUUUUCAAUAUCUUUGUUUUAUACAUAUAUACGAAUAGUAAUUGUUUCACUAUUUAUUUUUGUUGUUGCGUAUAAAAUGAAUACAUUUUAUGAAUUCUAUACAAUAUUACCAUAUGAGAGUUUUUUACUGUCAACAUAUCAUUUAACAUAUCUCUGUUGAAAAUACGUAUAUAAUUACGUUCUUGUUUUAUGGUUUAUUUGGCUUUGAUUCAUUUUACUCGAAGUCAUAAUGAUUUAUUUAUCAUUCCAGUUUUAAAUCAUUCCCCAUAAUGUAAAUAUAUUUUAAUACUCGUAAAGUCACGUGUUUGUAUUUUAUAAAGCCCAUUGGUCCGUUUCAUGAGAAUCUGAAUCGUAACUCAUAAAACCCUGAAUCAGGGAGCUAACAGCUGGCAAGUGAAUCAGUUUUAUCUAUCACCAUAGUUUUCAACCUAAAUGCUGAAUAAUAUUCAAUUCACACAAAUAUCUAGCUAAAUGACUGAUAUAUGACACUCAUGAAUCAUGUACCAAGUACAGCCACUUAUGCCUUAACGUCGUACACACGGAGACAACGUGUAAAUAACUAGUAUUAUUAUUAACCUAUUACAGUAAGUAUUUUCAUGAUAUAAAUUUUCAUAUUCCACAUGAAUACGCCUCAAUGAAUACUUAUAAAA